AUGCCUCCUGAAAUCGUUGAUCUUAUCUCUGACGACGAGACUGACGACGGGUAUCUGGAGCGGUCUUCCCAUCCGCUCUCAACAACGGGGGAGACUGCAACUCCUACCUCAAGACAUGGUAAAACCCGCGACGACGCCAACAAACGAAAUGUCGCACGGCGGUCCAGCCCCGAAGACCUGAGCGAGACGUUUGAACCGGGCACGGGGAGCUGGGACUUUGCUCGGGACCUGGCGAACUUUCGCCGCGUCAACUCGAGAAGCUCCACGUUCAGCAGCCGCACCGAAGGCGGCAGCCCGUUGGCCAACCUCGGCGAGGAGCCGUCACGUCGUCGUUCUACCACUACUGCACGAAGAGACCACCACGGCAAAGGCAAGCAACGCGAGAUCAACAUUCCAGAAAUCGACUUAUCCCAACCAGGGCCUGAUGGCGAUGAUGAACAUGACGAUAACGAUGAUGGGGAUGUGGUGUUCGUCUCCGACAACGGCGGGCUCAGCGAGGACGAGGCCAUGAAGCGCGCCAUUGCCCUGUCGCUGCAAGAAGAGACGCCGCCGCGCCGCCAGUCCCGCGAAGGCGCGGGCACCGGGACGGCUGCGUUCUCCUCUUCGUCGACUUCGGCGUCGAAGGCAAAGGCGCCGUCGAAACCACAGGCCAGUCCCAGACCUCUGGAAGGAACUGCCACUGCCGCCGCCGGCCCCACCGCGAGACGAGCAGAUGAAGCGAUGCCAGACGUGCGGGACAGUCAUCACGCUACCUCCCUCUCACCGACUCCCCUUCAACCCCCCGUCCCGCAAUCCUUGCACGCGACAACGACAAAGGGGCCUUUGCCGUCACCAGGCUCGACGCCGACACCGCCACCACCACCUCCACAUCAACCGGCUUCUGCGGACCAAGCUCGUCCCGAUACCACCACCAACACCAGCACCAGCGUCCCCGCAUUCAGCCUGGCGAGCCUCGACCGGCGGGCCAUGGAGGCAGAGCGUCUGGCGCGGCAGAAGCGCAAGCUAGACGAAGCAGGGUCGCGCGAUGCGGGUGAUCCGGGAGACGAUGGCCGCAGCGCCAAAGCGGUCAAGGUUAAUCAGUCGGCGACUGCAUCUGCAUCUGCAUCUGCAUCUCGAAACGGAGCGGGAACGGCAGAGAAGCCGUCAAGCCAGCAGCAGCAGCAGCACUCGACCUUCGACCUACACAGAGGCAGCAGCGGCAGUGCGGGUUCCAAACUGCAACUGCCGGAGAGAAAGAACAGAGAGACGACAGAAGCAGUGCAAAGCUCCAAGCCUGGACAGCAUACGGGGGCUGCCAUGCCAGCAUCGUCGCCAAGUGGGAAAGUUGGAAGCUCGGGCAACAAAAAGGGGGAUGUUGAAUCGCGAUCGACGAACGCUACAGCAUCUAAUCCUUCACCGGCGAAUCCACCAUGUAUCCUGAUUAACGAUGACGAAGACGAAGAUGACCCCAACGACAACAAAAAUACCUCUACCCGCCGCAAAGACACCACCGGCAGCUCCUCCUCCUCCUUCUCCUCCAUCGUCGGCAACAGUAACAGCAGCACCGCCAAUCUGUACCCCGACGGCAUCGCCCUCAAGACAUACGUCGCAGGCCACUCUUCGGCCGGGACGAUCACGUUUGAGAAAGUGGUCUCGCCCUCGUCGCAACUGGAAUCCUGCCUCCUGUCCUCCUUCAUCUGGAACCUGGACUGGCUGCUGCCGCACUUUGAGACACGGCGCACCAAAUUCCAGCUGGUCAUGCACGCCAAAGACACCCGGGAGAGGGAGGCGGUCCAGCGGGAUUUUCAGGGAGUGCCGAACGUGCGGCUCACGUUCCCGCCUAUGGGGGGAAAUAUCAGUUGUAUGCACAGCAAGCUCAUGCUAUUGUUUUACAAGGACCACGAGGAAUUUGGAUCGGCCAUGGGCAAAAAGGGGCCUAUUGGCGGUCCGAGAUGUCGCAUCGUGGUUCCGACGGCCAAUCUCGUCGACUUUGACUGGGGGGUUGGCGGCUUCAUGGAGAACACUGUGUGGCUCAUUGACUUGCCCCCCAAAGCAGCCUCUGACGCAGCGAACUCGUCAUCGGCGCAUGGUGCGACAACAACCGCAGCGCCACCGGCCGCCGGUCGCCAGACCUCGUUCGAAAAGUCCCUCAAGGAGUUCCUCAGAGCACAGACCGUGCCCGAGGACGUGAUCCGCAAGCUGGACCUGUUCGACUUCGGCAAGACUGAGCGCUACGGCUUUGUCCACUCUAUCGGCGGCGUGCACGGAGGGCAAGCAUGGCAGACCACCGGCGUCUGCGGGCUCGGUCGAACCGUCACCGAACUGGGCUUGGCCAGUCGAGGACCCAUUCGGAUGGAUUAUGUGUCGUCGUCAAUAGGCAGCCUGAACGACGAGUUCUUGAGGUCUAUCCACCUCGCUGCCUCAGGCGACAAUGGCCUGACGGAAUAUAACAGACGGGUGGACAAAAGAGGCCCAGUCAAACAGGGCAGUUGGAAGGAAAACUUCCGCUUCUACUUUCCCAGCGACCAGACGGUCCGGACAUCGAAGGGAGGCCCUUCCAGUGCGGGCACCGUAUGCUUCAACAUCGCAUGGUGGAACAAUCCAAACUUUCCCCGCUCUAAUAUGUACGAUUGUGUUAGUGUUCGUGAGGGUCUACUCAUGCACAACAAGCUACUGUUCGUCAGAUAUACUUCAUCGGUCGAAAAGUCUCAGCAAGGAAAUGUUGGGUGGGUGUAUGUGGGUAGUGCGAAUCUUUCAGAAAGUGCUUGGGGUCGACUGGUGCAGGAUAGGACAACCAAGAAGCCUAGACUCAACUGCAGAAACUGGGAAUGCGGAGUCAUUAUCCCAGUCCCUGCAAUGAAAGGCAAUUCCGACAGCUUCAGCGUCAUGGAUAGAGGCAGUGCGGGGCUUGCCUUGUUCAAUCACAUCGUCCCAGUGCCGAUGAGACUUCCCAGCGAGAAUCUCGAGAACCAGAGGCCGUGGACAUUCUCGGAUUGA